UGUUGAAGUGAUUGACAGGUGUUCCUUAAUAAAUUAUUCAGCUGUGAGCCCAAUACCUGAGACCAACGUUAUACUAUCAGUCUAUUUACUUCCUGUCUUCCACGACGAGUACUGCCAUCUUCUGUUUACACUGUUGUGUUUCUUACAGGGAGUCACAGUGAGUGGUAAAUCUUAACACGUGUGUGUCUGCUUGCUGUGCACAGUGUGAAAAAUGGAGUCCAGACAACUGAAAAGAGAUAUUGAAGCAUUACUUGGUGAUUAUAUUGGACAGAGACUCAGAGAAAAUGGAUUUGAUCCCAAAGGGAAAGGAGCCUCUUCAAUGUUGGACGAUCUUGCCCAUUAUGACUUGGCAAUUAGCGUGGCACUGUGGUGGUUGAAUAAAGAGGAUGGCAAAGACCUCAUGGAAAAUUUUGUCAUAAGCCCUGGACACAUACAGUACCCUAACCGAGCGGAGCGAGAGGCCAUGAUCCUGUCCUCCUUUGCCGGGUUGAUCUUAAAUAGCUUGCCAGUGGAGGACAUUCUUUCUCUGUACAACUGCAAGCCAUCUGCUUCUUACACUCACAAUCAGACUAAGGGUGCCAUCGUCCACCCCUUUGCCUUGUCUUACCAUCCGUUUGCUAUGCUUGGCUCCUAUAAGGCAGUGGAUCGUUCACGCCAGCACAAUGAGAGGCUGAAACGCUGGAAGUCCAUCCGCUGUAAGGCUGCCACCGCUGCAAGACAACCCGUGCUCCCUUCACCAUCAAGGUCCUCUGCUUCAUCUUUCUCGGACAGUGGAGACUCCUUGACUGAGAAGACAGAGCAUUAUGAGGGAUCACAAGAAUCUCUGCAAGACUAAAGUCGGAGCAUGCAAUUCACAGCAACACAGGACGCAAAAUCUUAAUGAAACACU